GAUUUUGUAGGAAAAAUACAUACACGGAACGAUUAUUUCGAUGCACUAAGGUAUACCGUUCGCUUUAAUUAUAAAUGCACGAUUAUUUAUCGCCACUCGCUCCUUUCGUAUCGGAUUCACCUCGUAACCGCGUUACGAGAUUAGAUCAAUUGACGGAGCGUCGCGGACGAUGAACUGUUUCUAAUAAGCAAAGAUAAUGAGCGGACGCAAGAUCGAUAGUCGGUAGAAAAAAAAAAAAGGAGAACGACCGCUCGAGUAUCAUAAUCCUGAUAACGCGAUAAGAGAGAGUUAGCAUCAAUCUUUUAUAGUAUGCACUGUCCAGAGAAAAAGAAAGAGACAGAAAAAUAAAAAGAAAGAGCGAGAAGGGUUGCGCCCGCGUUCAAUAGCUUCAUUAUCGCCGCUUGCAUCGUCGAUGCAAGAAAGCUGUAGUACACGCGUCAAUGGUUACACGUAUAUGUGUAUUAAGGGCAACAGAAUAUUGUUGAGCGGUGAUGAUGUCCUCGACACGCUUUGCCUCGCGGCACGGAUGCACGCGCCUCCUCCAGCUUUGAGAAGCUCUUGAAGCUCGGAGAGAUCUCCGGAAGGAGAAUAUUAGAAACUUGCAAGGAGACUGCGUCGCACAGCCUAUAAUGCGUCAGGUUUAUACAGGAUGAUUCAUCUAACUCAAUCAUCUCUACUGACUGAUUGUGUGGAAAAAUAUGCAAGAAAAGAAUGUCGGGCGGAAGGUCAAGGUCAUUAUACGUAAAAAAAUUCCGCGUAUUGCGCGCUGUUCGAUGCAUGCUUUCGUACAAAAGUCGCACCUCGUCCGACAAAGUUGUCCGAAAUUUCUUCUUCAAACAGCUUUGAAUUUGUAAUUUUAAUUUACGUAAGAUUUAAUGGUGGCAAAACUUGGAUGAUUACGAUUUUUGUCUUCUCGAAUUGAAUAAUUUCUAACAAUGGCGACACUCGAGAUGAUUAAGUCAGGGGGACGCAUUCUGUAAAGCGCCAAGAGUCUCGACAGUUGAUGACCUCACGGACAGCAGAGUGAAAAGGGGGACGCGCUGACAGAAUCCACUUAUCUACUAAUAUACAUAUAUCACCCGAUACGGAAAGCAAACACUGGUGGCUUCCGUCUUGGUGCGGAAAUCGGUUAAUCAUCUUACACAAUCGAAGCACGUCUUGAUAACGGAUAUUAUGUAAAUUCAGUUAGUCAGACCUAUAUUACACGACGCUCGGAUUCGACCGUCGGCGGUGAGAAAUAGCGUAUUUUCGCAGAGAUACGGUCAAUGAUGCUUAGCCGAACCCGGAGGGCGGUUACUGGAGCGCAAAAAUUCCGAUAAGCAAAAUCCCGAGGAGAUGCGCAGCAGGAUAUAGCUUGCAGAUGGUGAACGGUGUAACUUUGAUAGCUCGACAUUUAUCCACAAAUCUGGAUUCCCGAAGCAUUAGGAAAUUCUAUUUUAUCUUUUCCAGCAAACCCGCAAGUUUCUUCCUCGCCGGAUCGUAUUGAUGUUAGGAUCGUACGAUCACGUCCAAUUGAUCCACGGUACCCGCGGGAAUCCGCGUGAAUCUUGGAGCUUCCCUCCCCCGCUUUUCAGCUCUCGGUGUGCGUCGAGGAGCUUUAGGGCGUUAUAGACAGGGAUGGGAAGAGAGAGAAAGAGAGAGAGAGCCGAUCGAUGCAUUGAGGCGCCUAGCAGCUAGCCAACCAGCCAGCCAGCCAGCCAGGCAGGCAAGGCACAGCUCUCUCCACCGAGCGCGCAGAGCUCAGCCCCGUUCUGUUCACCCCUGCCCCGGUAUAUGGCCUGCAGCGGCGGCGCGCAGCUUGCUACCCUCCGGGAAAAGUAUGUGGUAGCGUGCAGUUGCACAUCGACCUUUGGGGUGUGCACAACGAGUGGCGGGUGGCGGCGCUCCUCGUGAGUGCUGUGGCGACGACGCGUAGGCGGGGUUCCCGUCGUCGCUCUGUCUUCCAGGAGAAGCUAAAAAUUGUCCUUGUCAUCGUUAUUGUUGCAAUUGAACCGUUGGAAAUGUCGGUGCUGGCGACUACUGCCAAUCGCUAUUCGCGAUUCUAGUUUUUCUUCUUUUUUCUUUUUCCCCCCGUUUAUAUUAUCGUCAAGCCAGCAUGCUCUCAUUCGCCAACAUCCGAAUCGCACUGUCGGAAUUGUCACUGUGAUAUGCUCGUUUCGCUGGCAAACUAUUAUGGAGAUAGCUGAUGCCGGAGGAGGAUCUGACAACAACAGCAGCAAACAGUUUCGACCAUUGUACAUCGGCAUCGUCUUGUUGCUGCUGAUUGCGGACGCAUCCAGCGGCGGUGGUGUCGGAGGUGGCACGGGAGCUGGGGGUAGCGGCAUUGGCGUCGGCGGAGGCGGAGGUGGAGGCGGCGGAGGAGGCACUUGCGGACUGGCUGAAUUGACGUGUCGCGACGGCCGCUGUGUGCCAAUCGACGCUUAUUGCAACGGCGAGAAUGACUGCGGCGACGGCAGCGACGAGCCGGCGAUGUGUACACCGUGCAAUCGCACGUAUCACGGUCGCGAGGGACGCACGUACAAGUUGGACUUGCUCAGACCGGCCGAAGAACGACUGCCGUUUCUCUGCCAUUUAACGUUCACCGCGGCCGGUCAGGGUUACGGAGAACUGGUCCAGCUGCUGUGGGAUGCGUUCAGUGUCGGCCGCGUGGACGCAAACGCCGACAACUACUUCACCAGCUGUCGCGAGGGCUCGCUACAGCUCGCCGAGCUCGGCAGACACUUUACUGGCGGCUCCUGGUGCGGCGUCGGCGAGGACCGUGCGUCCUACUACAGCGAGACCAGUACAGUCACCGCUUCCAUACGGCUCUUCCAUGCACCAGCCGCGGUGCCGUUCGAGUUUCGUCUUCGUUAUCGCUUCGUCUCACGCAAUGAAGCGGUCGCUCGAUUGGGCAAACCAGACUUGCCGAUCGAACGAGGUUCUCCGGUACCGGGCACCUAUUGUUCCCGCAACUUUUACGAGUGCCAUCUGAAGCAGUGCCGGCUGCAGAGUCCAAACUAUCCUGGCGAGUAUCCGCGUAACGCCAGCUGCCUGAUCACCGUGCGUCAAAAGGAGGUGCCCACUUGUAAGCACGCCAUGAUAUCUGUCAAGUACACAGCUCCCAGUCCGGUCGGUCUCAACGCUGCCGUCAACACGAGUCUCAGCGUCUGGCAGGAUUGUCCACCGGAGAAAGACCGUCUGAUUUUUCGCGACGGCGCACGCACGGAGGAUUCUGUGCUUCUGAUAUAUUGCGGCGGUCCACUGCCGCAGGUCACCGCACGCGGACCCGCAAUGCAGGUGGAGUUUCGCAGCUCGGCUGUGGCGAUACCAUUGGGCGCAUCAGCGUUGCGACUGGAACUCGAGCUACGCGUCGUUUAUGUCGACUCUGACGGCUUGGACUACGCCAAGGGCGCGCAAGGCUGUCACUUUUUUGUCAACGGCACCGGAGUAGGCAACAAGCGAAGCGGCAUAAUACGCGCGCCCUUGCACGCGCUACCACCCGGUUCCAGCUGUACCUGGAACAUUAAGGGUGCGACUGGCGAUCGUGUAUGGAUAUAUUUUUCGUCGUAUUCGCAACGCGACUUGACCACGAAUGGUGAGAACAACGCGAGCGUCGGACAAUCGGUAGCGGAUAGUUCGUUGUCGCCGUGCACUGUUAAACUCAUUUUUUGGGACGGCGCGCCAAAUACGGGCCAACCGAUGGCCACGUUAUGCGACGACACGCCCAAACUGUGCGCUCACGCAGCUCUCCGAAACAUCACGAGAAGCACGAGGCCGUGCACUGAGGAAGAGAGCUACCUCACGACCACGCCGAGUUUGACAUUACGCAUGGAGACUAUUUUUGGCACUGCUCUUCAUCCGAUCAAUUUCCACGCACGAUAUGAAUUUAUUUCCACCGUUCAAACCGGCGAACAAUGGGGCGACGGUGUUUGCAAUCGAGUGUGGCGUAAGGUGCGCACCGGCGAGGUGAUGUCGCCACGCGAUGUACGCCUCUUCGGUCGAGGUGGUGCUAACAAGUUGGAUUGCAGGUAUCGCGUGGAAGCCGGUGCCGGUGAACGGAUCCGCCUAACACUUCACAACGUCAGUCUGGGUGAAUCCACUAUGUGCACAAGUGAUUCGGAUCCGCACACUGGUAGACCACGGUGCUUUCACGAAACAGGAUCGAGGGAGGCGAGUCUGGUCAUCUAUGAGGCACCGUGGCGUGACGUGAAACUGCCUCGAGCGUGUUUGUGUGACAACACGUCGCAUCUACCGCUUACAUACAUCUCUUCUGGCCGCGCACUGGAAUUGACAUUUUUGGUAGACCAACAAGCGCCUCACGAGGACUUUGAGACACUUUUCUUCUACGCCAGCUUUGAACUCAUUCGCGUGCCGGAGUGCCCGCGAAAGCAGAGAAUUCGCGGCGAAGGUGGCGAACUGAGAUUUGUCGCGCCACCGCUAUCAAGACCGGAUAUUUACUGCGAGGGUCUCCCGUGGUUGGUGGAGGCGCGCGAAAAUCGGUCGCUCUUCGUUCUAACUUGGGGCUGGUUUCUGCCGUUGGAACCGCUGCUUCCCAGCUCAGAGACAUCCGGCAGCGAACAAGUCAAAUGCCCGACUACUAACCGCAUCCUUUUGUAUUCCGGCUGGCCGCCAAAGCUACUGAAGGUAGUAUGUCCAGCGGAACCAGGCGCUCGCGAAUUCACCGUGCACGUGUUCUCGGAGGAAUGGCUGGGGGCCACGGAAGAAGGUAAAUGGCCGGGUCCACCAAGACCGCCCGCUCUAUUGCUCGAUUUUGUAGCGCGGGAAUCCGGUCAGGCGGCUGCCUCAUGGCUGGAAAUUUCCAAAAGCCGCGCGGCGUUGCGCCGACAGCUACGUCUUCCGGAUAGAGGUGUGGGAAUAACACUGGAGAAUGAGACAAACGGCAUGCCCGCGUAUAUCGGCGAUUGUCCGCACAAGUGUCCUGAACUGGGCGCAUGUAUCGCUGCCAGUCUUUGGUGUGACGGUCACGCACACUGCCCAUCCGGUCACGACGAGGCCAACUGUGGCAAUGGUGCCCGACUACUCGGUCUACUGCCUCCCACCAUAUGGCUCGUCAUGGCCGGCGUCGCUGGAAUUGUCACUGCCUUCGCGUGCCUAUUCACUAUUCUUAUUAGCAGAUCCAAAGCUCGCACAAAGAGACUUCACUACAACGGGACGAAGAAGAGCAAGAAACCGCGACGAGCACCGACAGAGGAAACGCUUCUCGGAGCAGCAUCCUGACAACAACCGCCCGGUUUCGUGGAGUACAUUCACGUGGACCGGGAAACGACUGUCUAAAUUUGUGCUUCACCGUCCAAAUGAUUAACUCUACUCGAUAAAUCUCCCUCGCGGUGCCAUAUAUAAUUGCAGAACGGUGGCAAAUUUCCAAAAUUUUGCCACGCGUCGUCUUUUUCUUUCCCCAUUAAUUUUCGACGAUAAAACCACGCUUUAUUCUCGUCUAUAUCAGAGCUCGAAUUCAAUUGCAACUUUCAAUUGAUUUAUCAGAUAAAAGUUGCAACUUAAACUCAGCUUGAAAUUAAAUCUAUCAUUUUUAUUGAUACAUAUAUUUUUCGCAAGGGUUUCGUGGGAAUGCUAGAUGUAUCAAUAAAAAAGUGAUGGGUUUAUCGAUAAUUUGAAUCGAAACGAAAUCUACACACCACCGAAUGUCUUCUGUUUGUAAGAUAUUAGUGAUGUACUUAUUUGUGAUAGUUCUCUAUAUAUAUAAUUAGUUACAUUACGCGCUGUGUUAUCUCUACACACAGACAGACGCAACACACACACACACACACACACCACCACCACCACUACAAGUCUUUAAACUUAGAUAUAGUUUUAAGAACGUCUCAUCAGGACGGAAAGUAAAAUUCAAAAUGUGUAGCACUGAGGUAAAGUGCGAAGUCUACCUUUCAAACGCUAUUAUUACCUGAAGACAUACGUUCAUUAAUACGCAUUCAUACAUAGCGAUAAUUAUUUUAGAAAUUAGAACAGAGCAGACAAGUUGCGUAUUUCUCGCGAGUAUUCUAACAAAGAUAAAUAUAAAUAUAUAUAUAAUAAUAAUAGAGAUUAGAACCGCGCGCGCGGAAACAAAAGUGCGUUUUAUGAAUAAGAUCAUAUAUUUCAGAAUUAUAUGGAUAACGAGAUUAAUUGAAUGAUGUUGAAGUAUAAAGUAUAUAGUUAUCUUGGAGAUAACAGGUCAGGGUUCGUAGAAGAGUAUAUAAAUAAAUAUAAAAUGAAGAUGUUCCGUUUCGGGAGACUCACGAUCUCGCGAUGGAACUUAACAAAUAUACUGCCUUUUUCGCACGUGGAAUAUUCUAAUGUCAAAAAAAUUGCGUUUAUAUCUAUUCAUGAUAAAAGUUCAUUUUAUUAUUUCACACUUUCAAU